UUCCUGGUCAGCCCUCACUCCUCUUCGGCCCGUUCCUUUACGUGUCUCUUCACGACAACCGGCUGCGCUGCUUACAUCUCGUCAGAUAAUUUCGUCUUGUAUAUUUACGCCGAACUCAUCUUCUCUUGCAUUCAGUCGGGCAGUAUGCAACCGGAGGGCCUUGAACACCCCUAUACUCGCUUCCUAGCCGGGAUUUACAACCGGCGAUAUUACAAACGCCUAUUUGAGGAAGUCCUCAUCGGACUUUCUAGACUGUGUCUAAAUGACCUCAUCUCAACCGACGAGGCCUGCGGUAUGCCGCCGUCGCAGCUGCCGCCGCCGACAGACAGACCCACCGUUGUUGGUACGUCAAAAAAACUAAAAUUGACCUACCGCCACAAGAAAAAGAAGGUGGGUCUUGACAAAUUUGGGCAUGUAAUCGAGCUCUGCGCUGCACCCCUGGAAAGGGGUCUCUGUCUGCUGCAGCUGCAUUUUACGGAAGCCGGUUUCUACGCGGAGCGUGUGACCCCUUCCUGCCUGCUAGCAAAGUUCCGCUCCUGCACGGAGGCUAGGCGUGCGCUGAAGCUACUGGCAGAGGAGUUUGCGCGUUCCUUUUCGGAGGCUACGGAUGUGGCCAAAGCCCACAUACUAAAAUAUCCCGUAGAAUGGGCUCGCGUGUUCAAGCCGAAGCCCCAAUCGGACGGCAGCGCCGAUUCUGACAAAAAUGGUCAACCGCCGGACCGAUCAGCUAUGCCAAACGAUCGUUUGCUGUCAUCCUCGCCACUUCCUUAUCCCUCUCUGUCUCUCACCUCUGGUGCUCUUAACUUUGAGUAG